CUUUCUCUAUCUUCUCCUUCUUCUGCAUCCUCCGUCUCGUUGAUUUCUCUGCAAUCCUUCUCCGCCAUUAAAGAUCAGCUUCUAUCUCUGUGAUCCAGAUUCUUCAAUGGAGACUCCGUCCUCAACAAGAAGAGUAACAAGGUCGCAGACUCUGGCUACUGUGAAUAACCUAGACUGCAACAGCAACUGCAACAACAAUAUUCCCAUGUCAAGAAAGAUUGAGGAAUCUGGGCAGGGCCUUUCGGCAAGACAAAGAAAUACUAAACAGCAACAAGAUCGAUCUGCGCUUAUAGAUAUAACAAAUGACUCGCCCAUCGUUGGGCUGGCAAUGGGGAGCUUGGAAACUCCAUCAUCCGCCAUUGCCAAGUUGCGGAACAGCAGAGCCAAGAAGACACCUGGGUCUGGUGAGGCACUUCUCAGAGGUCAAGUAAAGACUCUUUUGCAAAAAGUGGAAGAGGAAGCUGAGUUUUCCAAGCUUUCAUUGGACAAGACUCGUCGAUUUCCUCACCUUCAAGGUUUUGCCAAUUCUCCUAUGGGACUUCUGGCGCCAACUCCAUCAAACACGCCGCAAGUACACAAUCUGGAAGCGAUUGAGGUUGCUUCUCCGGUUGUUGAGGAAGUCAUAUCUCAGGCGGAGAGUGAUGAAAUGUUUGAUGGAAAAAAUGAUAUGGGGAUUACUCGUUCUCUGCUGCUUGAUUUCUCUGAGAAAUCAUCAGAGCAAUCCGAUAAUUCAUCGGGAUGCUCCUCUGUGCUGAGUUACGAGGGAAUGAUAGCAGGAGAAAGCGGGGAGAAAGAGAAGAUAACCCCAGAUGAUGAUGAUGCUUCCAUUUGGUCUAUUCAGGUCAAUGCAAGUGUCAAUGAUGAUGAAGAAGAAGAAGAAGAAGAAGACAUUGAAGAAAACUACGAGCCGGAAGAAAAAGAUGAAGACAAUGGAGGAGAAGUAGAUGAUGAUAAUGGAUUGCUUGACAAGCUGUGUGAAGAUAUGAACAAGAUGACUGUGAGAGAGAAGAUAAUGGCUGAAUUUGCUGGAAAGCACACAAGAUUUGUUUACGACAGUGACGAUGAAUUAGUAGAAGAGGAGGUAGAAGAAGAGAAUGAGGAAUCUGGAGAUUUCUUGCAGUUGAAAGGCUGGCCGACACCAAAAGGAAAACAUUUGCGCUUUUCCAUGGCAGAAGAAGAAGGAGAAGAAGAAUAGUGUGUGCGUGUGCGUGAUGGUGAUUUCAUUGUUAACUGUCUUUGUUGAUUGACGCAUUGUUCUGGGAUUGGGUUUUCUCCGUGGUGGAUAGCGAAAUCUAUACUUGAUCAGAAUGUUGACGCUGAAUCACAAAUUAAGUGAUUGAACCUUUUUUUUUUACCCAAUAAAAAGGAUAACAUUCAACUUCUUUUUC